CUACUCCUCCGCGCCUGCUGUUCACCACGAAUGAGUGUACACCCAGGCUUGCGCGAAAAGCUGUUCGAUUCUGUUUGUAGCCAGUCUAUCCUGGGCUCCCCCUUGAGCCAUUGUGAAGUGAUUCUGGAACAUUUUUCUCCUAGCUCUACUAGCUGCCGAGCCCAUCGCUGAUCGCUGAUUGUCGACCGUAGAUCGUGUGGCGCAUCAGUCCGUCUCUCUGCGCGCUUGUUACCUCCGUGUUGUUGACCUCGUUUCCUACCCUCAUGGUUUCUUGAAUCUCUCUUUCCGUGGGCUACAUGAUUCGUUGCAUCGGCUCAGAAGCCUCGAGCUGAGGCCUCGGAGCUUCUUCUUGGAAUCAGCCUGGCCCCCUCUUGCAGCCCGCCAUGAAUCCCGCGGCGUCGCACCACCAGUCGUCGCGAUCGCUAGGCGCUUCCGCCGCGCCUCUCUACCCCUCCGCCGCAUCCUUCCCCGCGGCUUCCGCUCCCCCGCCCUCUUCCGCCUCCUCCACCCUCUCCUACCCCGCCCUCCCCUCCUCCCACGCGCGCUUUCCCCCCUCGUCCCCAUCCUCCGCCGACCCAUACUCUUCCGCACCACUUCGCUUCCCUCCGCGUCGUUCCCCCUCUUCCGUCACCGCCUCCGCCUCAUCCUCCGCCUCCAUGAGCCUCGUGUGGAACCUCAGCCGCGGCAUCUGCGCGUCGUGUCUGGCGGCGUCGCUUUUCGCCGCGCUCGUCUGCACGUCGCUCCCCUUCGCCAUGCUGCUCGUGUGGCGGCUUGCGCCCAACCCCUUCGACCAGACCCGCCUGCUGCUCUUCGACUUCCGCCAGCCCGAGCCGUACGCCGUCGCCUCUUUCCUUCCGCGCCCGCAUACCCUCCUCCCCCCUCCGCCAGACCCGCCGCACUCCCCCGGCUCAUCUUCCGCCCGAGCAGGCGCGCAACCAGGGCGGUUCUUCUCCGCCGCUCCUCCGCGCCUGCUGCAGCGGGGCCAGCGCUACGAGGCGGUUCUCCGCCUGCGCCUCCCCGAGUCCGACCACAACCUCGCGCUCGGCAUGUUCCAGGUUUCCGCGCACGCGCUUUCCGCGGAUCACUCCAUCCUCUCCGCCAACUCGCAGCCCGCCACCCUCAAGUUCCGCAGCCGCCCCAUCCGCGCGCUGCGCACGGCGCUGCUCGCGGUCCCCUUCUUCCUGGGCUUCCGCGAGGAGGCGCAGCGGCUGGAGCUGCGCGUGCUGCGCGGAGUCGAGGGGAAAGCGCCGGUGGCGGCUGUGCGCGUGAUGCUGGAGCCGAAGGCGGGCGCGGGGUCGGGCGCGGGGCUUCCGCAGAUCUACGAGGCGGAGCUGCGCCUGCGCGCGGUUCUGGGGGGCGCGGGGGGGCUGUGGCUGCUGGCGUGGCGGGUGAUGCUGUUUGCUGUGUGCGCGGCAGCGAUAUUCGGCGUGCAGGCGAUGGUGCUGCUGGUGUGUUGCGGAGGGGUGAUGGUGCGACUGCUGUGGCAGGGGGGGAACAAGGAGCGGGAGUCAGAGAGAGCCCUGGGGCGCAUGGGGAGCGUGGGGAGCAUGGGCGAGGUUGCUGGGCGGGAGGGAAGGGGCAUGAGGGAAGACUCUAGGGAGCGAGACAGCGCUGGCAGCAUCAGCGGCGUUAGUCCCUAUGCGCUCGCCUUCUCCUCCCGCCCCUCUGCCCCACUUCCUCCUUCCCACAUCGCUCCAGCUGCAUCUUCCGCCUCUGCUGCUGGUUUCCCCCCUGGCGCUGCGUCUGCGUCCUCGGCGCCCUUGGAUGCGAGCGAGGAGGUGCUGAGGCCAGUGUUCAUGCAGGGGGGGGAGAGGGGCAGGGGGAAGGGCAAGGCGGAGGAGGUUGACGAAGGGGAGCGCGCGGGGAUGGAUUCUCUGAGGGACGAGGGCGCGAUUGCGGGGAGGGUGAGGGCGUGGAUGGGGGAAGGCAGCGGCAGCAGCAGCAGCAGCAGCCUCGGCAUUGGAUCUUCUACACCUGUUGCUACCGGCCCUGCUGCCCCUGCUGCCUUGCGCAUACCUCUGCACCCGCCUUCGGUUGGUCUUGCCCCCUCUGCUGCCCCUCCUCUUGGACGGCCCUUGGGGGGAGACGAGAGGGGUGUGGGGAGGGAGGCGGAAGAGGAGGGGGUGGAAGGGGUGGAGGGAGUGAGAGUGGGUGAGGGGGAGGAGGAGGGGAGUGACGAGGAGAUAGAGUCGCUGCUAGCAGCAGGGAAGGAGUUGCUGAGAGACAGGAGCAGGCAGGUGCCGGGGGGGGAGCAGAUGGCCACGUGGCAGGAGGGGGGAGGAGAAGAGGAGGGAGGAGAGGGAGAGGAGGGAGGUGAGGAGGAGGGGGAAGGAAGUGAGGUGUGGAGGCCUGGGCUGAGGCAAAGACGGGCAGGAGUGGGGCGAGUGGAGGGGCAAUCGUUGUUGGAAGCACCAUCAGCACCCCUUGGCAUGCCUUCAGCACCCUUGGGGCAGCAGUCAGUGCCAGCAGCGAUGGGGAGGCAAGGCGUGGCAGAGGCAGUGCAGGUGUCGCAGGCUGCAGCAGAUGCAGCGUUCCGAUCCGCAGUGGUGGCUGCAGGCGCGGUUGCAGGGGAGAGGGGAGGGGAUCUGCGGGGAGAAGGGGGAGUUGGAGAUUUGGGGGGUGGUGGGAGAGGGGGCGGAGAGGAGUGGGAAGAGGCAGAAGGGAGUGAAGGUGAAGAGGAGGAAAGGAGAUAUGAGGAGGUAGGGGAGGGGGAAGGGGAAGAGGAGGAGGGGGGAGAGAGUGGGGAGUUUGAGGAUGUAUGGGAGGGUGGAAGUGGAGGGGAGGAGGAAGAAGGGGAGGAGGAGGACAGGAUGGUAGGGGGGGUAGAUGCAGCUGCAGCAGCAGCAACGGUAGCAAUGGUUGGGCUGGGGCAGGAGAGGAAGCAGAAGCAGGGUGAGAGGGAGAAGGACAAAGGGGAGAGUGUGUGGGUGCUAGGGGCUGGAGCAGCAGAGUGGGAUGAGGGUGAGAGUGAGCACGGGGAGCGAGGGGCGGACAAGCAGAGGGAGACUGAUAAGUAGGAAAAGGGCGAGGGACCAUACUUGUUACGAAGAUGGUUGUGAUGAUGGCUGGGAGUGUGUGGUUGUAUGCUUUAGGGACUGGUUUGUGGUUGGUGCAAGGCACGAGUGUAGCAGAUGUUGUGGUUAUCAGAGUUAGAAUGAAUGACCAGAAUGAGGCAAACAAGGUGGUUUUUGUCAACUUAUACAUAUGUUGCUAUGUAGAAGUUAUAGGCUAGAUAGUUGUAUGUUGUUAGAGGGUGUUGGAAAUAUCUCGAGGACUUA